UUGUUGUUGUUGUGACCGACAAACAGUCAAUUGUUCAUUUAUUUAUAUUUGUACUCCGAAAUAAACUGAAGGUUGUUUAUUUUUUCUUUGGCGAUGGCGAGUUUGGAUGAAAAGUGGAAAGCUUUGGUCAAGUUUGAGUCUGUUGUGGUAGAUCGUGAAAGAGAUGUUGUUCGAGUGACAAAAGAACUGUAUGAUCUUCAUAGCAACAGAGAACAACUCAGGGGUGUAACAAGUAGUUGCGACUAUCGUUUGACGAUACCAUUUGCCCCUCAUCUCUUUGGCUCGGGCAAGACUACGUUUUGUCAUAACUAUUUGGAGUUGGUGCGAAGGUUUGGUGAAACUUUUCUGUCGAAAUUUGCUUCGGACCCUUUGAGAAGAACCUUUUUGGAGAAGCUGAAAAGGGCUUCAUUGCUUUAUGUGGAUUUGAGGGGGUUGAAGCCAACUCGACCCAUCGAGGAAAAACGCAACCUUGAGUGGGCUUUGUAUUUCCGAAUGAUAGAAGCGUGUUGCACUUCUGUUGGACAAGAACCAGAGGAUGAAGAAGUAGUAUUUAAAGAAUGCCGUACACGUCCCUAUAAGUUAGUUAGAAAACUUCGUUCAAUCUUAAACAUUCCUUCUGAUCAAUAUCUUUUGGUAACUUUUGAUGAAGUUGGUGUCCUAGACGAAAGUCUCGACGAAUUUCAUUUCAAGAGAACCCAUGACGGUAGAGUUCGACCUUACAAUGACUUUUUCGGUAUCAUUAGUCAAUUGUGCGAAGAACCCGACUUGUUUUUUAUAGUUGUUGGGAAAAGCAAGGGUUUAAGUAUUAAGAAUUAUGUGGCUUUUGGGCUAUCAAGAGUUAUACUACAUUUUAUCCCUUUAUCACCUUUGGACGCUUGCAGUAUCGUUGAAUUCCUUGAAAGGAGUCUUCUAAAGACACCUACUCAAGUUCCGGUUUGUAAUGUCUUAUGUAGUUCUUCAUUUUCAGUAAAUGAAUUGGCAGACUCAUUAUUGGAAUGUACAGGUGGAGUUCCUGGUUUGUUGACUCGUGCAGUAAAUAUGCUUUUGAAUUAUAUAAUAGCAAGAAAUCAGCCUUUCAUAUCGAAAGAAGAAUGUUUGACUUGUAUGAAUGACUACGAUUUCCGAAUAAUUUGUGCUGAACCAUUUGUGGAACGAAUAUUGAAUUUGGACGAGGAUAGAAGAAGUGUUUUUGAUUUACUUUUGAUGAUGGCUCUUUAUCGUAUACCGUUUCAAGUAUAUGAUAUAUUGACCUCGGAGUCCUUUUUAUAUGAUGCAGUCACUGAAAUGGGACUAUAUCGAUAUCCUAUUGACCAGAAUACUUUUCAAGUCCUAAUUCCGAAAAUAUUUGUUGUAAUCUUCAAGAACGACCCUUCUAUCUCUUCUUUGGAAAAUAUACUUCUUGGAUCACUUGAUGUCGAACCAGUAGAUUGUUUCUUCUAUUCAAAGUGUCGUGUAUUUGAAGGAAUUGUUGCUUUACGGCUAGUUUUGAUGUUGUCUUCAAAGAAUCGAAAUGAGUUGAGGGAAUUGUUGUGUCAAUUGUCUCCGAUAUGGAAACAAAUGAAACUUCCAAUCAGUACAAUAUCACCUAUUCACUAUAUCAAGUCUGUUGUUAGUUCUAGAGAAACAAGAAGUGAAUCGAACAAGAGUCGAAGAACUUUUGCCAGUACUGAAUGGAAUAAGAUUAUUCGAGAGACACUUUAUUUAGAGACUAUUUACAUUCCUUUGGACGCUACUUCUCAUAGUCCUGAUAUUAUAUUCCAAUUACAAUCUCCUGUGGAACCCAAAGUUCUUACUGUUGGAGUUGCUUGUGAGGGACGUUGGAGGUCGGAAGGAAUUGGUUGGUCAGAUAUUAUAGAUGAAGCCAAGAAAUUUUUAGAUUCUGUUUAUGAUCAAGUCUUAUCCAGUGCAAUGGAUUAUCAUCAUUGUAUGCUUAUUAUCAGUCGUUGUUACUCCAGUGGAAUGUUUAUUGGAGGUGAUUUGUUCAAAGUACCUGAUAAUUGUGAACUUGUUAUUCUUUGUGAAAGAGAUAUGGAAAUGCUGAUUGACGAAGAAAUAUUGAAUGGACUUGAAAGAGCAUUUCAUGUUUCUCAUAAUCCUACUUUUUGGGAUUUUGGAUUAGAUUUACUUGAUAGAAUCCGUAACAGUUUCUUAAGUUGGCAAUAGAUUCUAACUCAGUCCUUUUCUUUGUUUUGAAGAGCAAAUAAACUUUUUUUUGUAUGU